AUAACAAAAAACAACCCACUGGUCAUCGACGUUUCGGCCAUUAUCUCUCCUUUCUCGUAAUAAUUAUAUAUAAAUAUUUGUCUAUGUGUGUGUGUGGCAUUUUUGUCAAUUGAAAUCUAAUUAAUUAAGUAUAUUUUCAAAACAAUAAUUUACGUUUUAAAAUAAUACAUUGAAUAUUGAUUAAAAAAUAAUGAGUAAAUGAGUUAAUAAUAUCUGGUCUUGAAUAAUUUUUACACAAAUUUUAAUUUUAAAUUGAUAAAAGUUAUUUGUCAAUUAGUAAAUAACAAAAAUGAGUAGUAGUGAAAAACUAAGACUUGAUGAGACAAAUGAUAAUGUCUCCAUCAAUAUACUGAAUAAUAAAUGUCUUGUAAAAAUAUUUUCUUUUUUGACAAUUGAAGAUAUGCUCCAAAUAAAAAAAGUUUGUAAAAAAUGGAGAGAUGCAAGUCAAGUGUUGAAUAUAUCACAAGAAAAUAUAAAAAAAGAUCCAAGUCGUUCUGAUGAUGCUGAUAAAAUUCAUAAACAUUUUGAGGGUUUUCCAGAACAAUCUGAAUUAAAUAAAGUACUAUGUGAUUGUGGUGAUAGUUUGACAAGUCUAACACUCAGUAAUUAUUGUUAUGACUCAAAAAUAAUGUUUGUCAUAAGUCAACAUUGUCAUAAUCUUACUAAACUUGAACUUGAUUUGUACAAGUACAAUGAGAAUGAUUUUCAUGAAGCAUUUACUAAAUUAAAUAAAUUAAAAUCAAUAACAAUAUCAUAUUCAAAUUAUGUUGAUCAUGAUGAUUAUGGACAUGACACAUUAAUUUUACAAAGUUUACCACAAACAAUACAAGAAAUAUCAUUAUCAUCAGCUGCAUAUGAUCUUGAUUUUCUAGUUCCAUUGUCAAACAAUUUUACAAAAACUCUUGAUAAAUUUAAUGCUUUGUGUACACUUGAACUUCGUUAUUGGAGUCUUGAAACAAGUGUACUAAAUAUGAUAUUAAAAAAAUCAACUUUAACUCAUUUAACACUUGCUGAAUCAGAAUUAAUAAUUGAUGAAUCAUUAACAUCAAAUCUUGAUAAUCUUGAGUAUCUUGAUUUGAGUUAUGCUAAAAAUAUUGACAAAGUGUUAACAUCAAUUGUUAUGAGCUCAAUGAAAUUGAAACACAUUGAUAUUAGUCAAUGUACAGAUGUAUCAAAACAGGCACUUUGUCAUCUUGGUAAAUUGGAUAAUUUAAAAAAAAUAUUUAUAAAUUAUAUUGAACAAGUUGAUGACAGUAUUAUAAGUCAAUUUAAUAACUUGAAUAUUCUUGAGUGUGAAGGAUGCACCAGUGUUAGUGAUUCAAGUAUCAUUAAAAUAUUAAAUAAUUCUGAUAAACUUGAAUUUCUUAAUGUCCAAAGAACUGGUGUAACACAUGCAACACUUGGAUGUGCAUCACAAAUUGUACAAUCACGUAAUGGUGAUGAAAAAUUACAUGUACUUGUCAGUGAAAAUAUCGUUGAUGAAUUUGAAGCUAUUGAUGAUAUUCCAUUGUCACUUGUUAUCAAUGAAUUGCUGUAAAAUUAAUGUCAUUAUUUAUGAUUAUUAUUAUUAUUAUCAACAUCACACAGUAUAAUAUUGUGAUUCAUAUAAUACUCAACGAAAUUCAUUGUAAACAAUGAGCCUUUAUUUAUUUAUUUAUUUCUAAAAUAAUUACAAAUCCAUUUUUCAUAAUAAUAAUCAUUUUUUUACAAUUUUUUAAAUAAUUAUUUUGUACUUGAAUGGAAAAUUUUGCUUCGAUUUAUUCUAGUCAUAUCGAGAGUAAUGAUAAUUUUAUUUUGAUUAUUUAAAAAAAAAAACAAACAAAAAAUACAGGGAACAAAAAAAAAAAAAACACAUUUUCUUAUUUUCAAAAUGAAAUAUUUUACUUUUUUAUUUUUAAUAAACUUUGAAGCUAAAUUAAUAUUCAAAAUUUUUAUAAUAAUUUUAAUUAAUAAAUUUGUAAUGUAUGUGUAUCAUUGACAAUUUAAACUAAAUAUAAUUCAAAAAAAAAAAAUAAUUAAAUUU